GUCUGCGUAGUCAGCAUGCUCGACCCGGUAAUGUUCGGCUGCGCCACUCUGGUUUCCGCUCCCGUAAAAGAAGGACCUCGUAACGUCUCCUUCGUUCAUUUACAACCACCUGCUCAUCGAGAAAGCAUCGGGAUUCUUUUAGUUUAUCUAUCAGUUGCCUAUUACUCGUGCAAGAGGAACCAGAAUGAAGAACAAUGCGACUUCCGGUCUUCCACUAUCUGUCUGUGCGUCUAUUUGCGCGCUAAUAAUCCUGAUUUUCUUCACCGAUAAUUCUUAUGCUAAACGUGGUUGUUCUGCAUUUGGACAUUCCUGUUUCGGUGGUCAUGGCAAGAGAUUCGAUCCAAAUAUACGGGAGAAAAUACUUCAAGAUGAUGAUACGAUUACCAAUCGAGAAAUAGAAGAUUUAAACUCGCGUAAUGAAUUCGAUGUUUCUGAAAAAAAGUUUGGAGGACAAACAGAGAUACUUUCUUCUCAGAGUCGUCAUCAAGAUUCUUCAAGAUUCAAUCCUUUUGCAUUAUCCUUCAUCGUUCGACAAUGGUUGACAUCGCAUCGUCUUCAUCAACCGGAUAUGGAACUAAAUAACAAAUAAAUGGAUAGGAUUUCUACUAUAUUUUGAAGCAAAGAAUUUAAAACAAAGAAUUUAAAAACUUUAGAAAACAAACAUAAAGUGAAAAUUGAUAAAUGAAAAUAUUUUAAUAAAAUAUCCCGAC